AUGACUACCAUGAACAUGGGAAGUUGCGGAGGAUACGGAACCGGCGGUGAUACCUACAACGCGUAUACCUACGAUGGAUACUAUCAAAGUUACAACAACGUGACCAACAACGAUUAUCCGGUACCACCGACAGAAAGUUUUCACUAUCAACCAUCUUAUUACAACUGCCAAUCAUCUUAUUACACGAGAAACGACAAAGUUUAUCAAAAAAAUUGUGAGGAAUUAAUGAUAAGAAAACACUGCGACGUCGAAGGUAUAAUCACGUCGGAUAACGGUUUAAGUUAUACUAAUUUAGAUAGUUAUCAAGUUGUUAAAAUGGAUAAAACAACGGAAGAUAAUAAUAAAUCUAAUUGGUACGUAAAUGAUGAAAUCGGACAAUACAUGCAGUGCAGUGGCGGUUCAGAUUUUGAUAAUUUUAAUUUGCAUUACGUAAAAGACGAUUAUCAAACCGAAAUUUGGGGAGGCGGAAAUACUCAUGCUCCGGAUGACGUGUACGCAUCUCAAAACAUGCAAAAUCAAAACAAAAACAACAGGCUGCUAAAUAUAAACAAUCCUCACGAGUCGUCUAUAGGCAAAGCGGUACCGACUUAUAAAUGGAUGCAAGUAAAGAGAAACGUACCCAAACCUAACGGUCCGAAAAUACCGCCGACUCCACCGUCUGAAUUCGGUCUCGUUAACAACGGUUACAAUGGUACAAUGCUCACGACGCCAUCAUCUAGUUGUAUGCCUCUUAACAAUCCUGGACUCCUAUGUCAGAACAAUACGGGUCGCACUAAUUUCACAAACAAACAAUUAACGGAAUUAGAAAAAGAAUUUCAUUUUAACAAAUAUUUAACACGAGCUAGAAGAAUAGAAAUUGCAUCCGCGUUGCAAUUAAAUGAAACUCAAGUUAAAAUAUGGUUUCAAAAUCGAAGAAUGAAACAGAAAAAAAGAGUCAAAGAAGGUUUGAUACCUCCGGAUAAUUCAAAUUUAAAUAACGGCGUAGGUUUUCCAUUGAACACCAGCAACAGUACGAGUAAUUCACCGCAGGGAUGCGUCGAUAGCGUAGCUGGAAUCCACAGCGAAAACAGUCAGGAAUGA